GCGAUUCAAGCGAUGCGGCCUAGUAUCGUCCUCCUGCCCCUCAACAUCCAGAACCUAAUGCUCGUGCUCGCAGGCCUCGGUAGGGUAGAGGACUACCUCAAAAGCCCAGAAGCAGCUGAAUACAGAAUUGAAGACGAGGAGUUGGGGUUAUGAACAUGAUGGGCAUGAUACUGCCAGAAGGAGGUCACAGAGUAGUCAGACACCGUAUGAAGAGGGGCACACUGCUAGAAGUCAGUCCGAGGCUCAGAUACAGUGUCAAGUGUUGUACUAGAAGACUAGGUUGUUCUCGUUCUGGAGCACACAUGAUACCAUCAUUAUCUUCUAAUCUCAAAAGCCCCUCCAGGGUCCGCGUCGUUACUCGACGUCCAAGACCUCACUGUACUCCUUGCCAGAUCUACGGAGCUGUCCAAGGAACUCGAUGCGGAAGUAGAAGAACAAAAGAAGAAGAAGAAGUACGUGACGG